GUUUUCUCUUGACAAGUCUGAUGGUUGGACAAUCGUUGCAGUUCAUACAAACCGUCCACAGACAUAUCGAUGUUCCUUAUUCAAGAAACAUUUAACAAAAUAUAAGUUAAAACCACCUAAAACAAAAUUUAAAUUCAAUUCAUUUUUCUGUUUAUCCAAAAUGGCUCAUCUGAAUAUUAUGAUCAAAAAACCCACGAUAAUCUUACUAGACUGUUCUAAACUGCAACUGGGAAGGGGGAGACUAGACGACAGUGUCACUGCAUUCAGAAGAAGACUAGAAAUAUUUAGGAAGAGUUCGUUGCCUAUGCUGAAGGCUAUGGAUAACGUUGGAAGGCUGACAAUAGUGGAUGGUGAUACCGAUACUGUGCCAGUUCAGGAAGAUUUCCAAAGCGUUGUGAAAGAACACGUCGAAUACCUUAAAUCACAAAAAGAAGAGAUGGAACAAAAUCUCGUCCAAAAUGGUUAUGCGUCUAAUGGUCAUAUACCAAACGGCUACGGUACCCACAGUCAGUCAAACCACAGACCUCCAACUCCGAUCCAAACAGUGAGCGGUCAUGUGAACAACGUGGCCAAAGGAGUCCAUGCAAUGGCCAAUGGCCUCAUAGCUAACGGGAAGGCCAUGGUGGCCAAUGGAGGAGCACAAACCAACGGAUAUGGCCCAGCGAAAGCUGGGCAUAUAGCCAACGGCUUCGCAGGAGGUGGUGGUGUACAGUCAGUCCCUAGUUACCAGCAAGUGGAUGUGGAAGGACAUAUAUAAUCAUUAUAUAAACAGCGUAAAGGAAUAAAUGUGAUAGACAUUAUGUUGAAGUGAAAAUUUCUAUCUAGAAAUUUCAUUUAUCUAGCUAAGUCGUACGUAUUUGAGGCUAAGUAUUUAUUGACGCCGUGUGCAUUUAUUGGCCAGGUGAAAUGUAAUGAAGAAUUAGAGAAGCCUAACCGUAGUUGUUUUGGAGAACCUCGUCUUUAGUUUUAAAAAACUUUCUCUACUUGAUUGAAAAAGGAGAAUCUUUUAUUGGUAUAAUGUACCAAUACCCCUCUCUCAGUGAAUAUGUGUAAGGUAGUUAAUUCGAAAAAAUGAUAAUGAAUAACCUUUGCAAUACAAGAAAAUGUGAUACAGAAUGUGUGACGCCGUGAGCAUGCUUAAGUAACCAUUAAUACUACUUUAUUAGAGCCAUUAGGUGCUGUUAUAGGCCCUCUUUGUGACUCAAACAAUGUUAUAACUUCGCAAUUUGGUAAGCUAUUUCAGGUUUUGAUAAUUUGAGUAGUUAUUCGUUUUAGCUGAUGAAAUUUAAUAACCUACAGGUUUGCUAUAUAGAAAAGGGGGUAUGUUGUAAGUCAAGCGGGUUUUUAUACCUUUGCUUUAACGCAAUGUUCUGAAUUUACACAGAAUACAUGACUAAAAGGUUCAGCAGGAUUUAAGCAGAUUCAAAUCGUUAAAAAAGACGUCUGGGUUUAUAGAGAACAUAUUUUGAAUGUCGGCCAAGUAGUUUAUGUAUCAAGUUUAGCAGCAGCAUACUGUUGGAGGUGACUCUGCACUCUCUCUUAGGUCUAAUAGGGCGCGAGGAGGAAGCGCUUUUUUCUUCAGAUAUUCCCAGUUGAUAAAAUUUGGAAACCGCACAGGCCAUUCUGGUAACAGCUCUCUCAAAAUAUUCAUUGUAUGCUGGGAUAUGUGAGUUGUUGCUCCAUCUACUAACCUCACUUCCUUAACGCGUUCUUUCAAUUUGGGUUGAGGUUAGAUGGAGCUACAGCUCACCCAGCCCAAUAUUCAAUGAAUGUUUUGAGAUAAAUGUCUCCAGGACGUUUCGUCUUGUUGAAGGGUGAUGUCGAACGGCAGCCAUCUUGAAUAUAUUAUUUUCAAAACUUAAUAAAUGUAGUGGUAUUAUCUGCUCACUCCGAAAUUGAAAACAUUGUUUCUUCUCUUAGAUCCAGAUGCCUCUUUUAUAAUUCCUUGAAACUGCUUAGUUGGUUCUACCACACCUUGUACUUUUGUCUGUGACAAAGUAGGUACUUACCAACAACGCUUAGUGGCUCUCUUCAGUCAGCACUUCUAAGUAGCUCAGGCUCAAAAUUUAAAAUGUAAGUGUAAGUGCCUUAUAUGGUUUGAUCUGUAUUUUCAUUACUUUGAAUUAGUGUAUACAAAAUUCGUAUAGUAAAAAGUUUCUUAAAUUAUAAUAAAUAAUAUAGGUAGUUAACGAGCAAGUGCUUGAAAAAACCUGUAGGAAGAAUUAUGAAUUGAAAAGUUUAUGGACUUUACAUGAAAAAAGGUUAGUUGAUCUCUGGAAAUACUUUUAUUUUUCAACAUAAUUUCACUAAUAAAAAAAUACUAUACCAGUAUGUAAAAAUUAAGAGAAUAGCAAUAAAACGUUUUUUUAUCCUCUUGUCUCUACACAGCACAGUGGUUCAAAAGUCGUAGGUCAUCGCCAAAACUAGAACUAAACCUAAAUUCCUGCAAAAAACUUUAUCUAUAUGCUUUCGAGGUCACAGAUAAUAUUGUCCAUUUGUCCAAAAUGAAAACGGCGCAUCUAAUAUGGCGGGCAUGUUUGCAAAAAAAAAACGUUUGAAUCACGUUCAAAUAGUCAAUUGGCAAGUAAUAUGUCCAUAUUAUAAUUAUAAAAACUUUUGACUCUUACACACCUUUUUGACACGAGUUUCUUGCUAUUUCAACGUUUGGUGACAUUCACUUCACUAUAAUUCCGCAUGGAGAGCCAUCUAAGUGGAACUGAUAUCAUCAAAAGAUGAGUUUUGUAUUCCUUCAACUAACGGCAAAAUCUGGGCUUAAAGCGAAAAAAAUUUGUUUGGACUCUUGGCUAGAUUUUUUUAUUCUUGAACCACUGUGCAUAGGCAGAAUGAAUACUAUAAUAAUUGGUAGGUAUAGGUGUAGAUUUAAUCUUUUUAUUAAAUGGGUCCAACAGUGUCUUAGAGUUUGGUGUAAUUGUUUUGUAUAAUAUAGUCGGAGAAUUACAGUAAUUUUGAUACAGUUAAGUCACCGCUGGACGGUGAAAUAUAUACUCUUGUCAUCUAUUUUUAAUAAACCAUUUCUUUUUUGUGAAUAAGUGGCAAACUAUAUCGUAGGUCUGCACCAAAAUUGUAAUAGAACUAGCUGCACUAGUAUGGCUUAUUUUGUAUCUUUCCACCACAAAUAACUUAUAAAUUCUUGUUUAUUUCUUUGUCACAUAACCAUUAGUUAUAUCAGCUGUACAAUAGCAGCACAUGAUGUAUAUAUAACUUAGAAAUCCACCAGUAUUUAAUUUUAUCGACCUAUUAACGGAAAUUCAUUUCACAAACAUGAAAAAUGACAAUGUUUUAAGCAAUAUUAAAUUUUUAAAAUAUAACUAUUAUCAAAAUCAUACAGUAUCGAAAUUGUCAAGACAUCGUCAAAGGAACGUUCAACUGCUUUCACGUGCAAAUCUACGUUUAAGGAUCCCUUGAAGCAAUAAUAUACAACUUGAACCACACCACAGCGCAAAUGUUGCAUUGUGAGAGUUGAGAGACAUUGUCAUUUUAAUUAGUUCACAAAUUGUAUAAUAAACAGACACUAAUUUUUCUUUCAUUGAGCUAUUACAUAAGCAUUAUUAUUACAUUUUUGAAAAGUCUUUACUGGAAGGUGAGUUUUGCAACAUUUUUUUUUAUAAAUUCAAUGUGUCUUAGGUCUUGUCUCAUCGAAUAUAAUACUUCUAUUUUAGAUCACUUAGUUCUUUCACUUUCUGUUAAGGAAUA